AUGAUAGCAGUAGGAGGGCGGCGCACGCCAGGACUUACAGCAGUUGGGGCAGAGCUGCGGGCAGUCUGGGAGGGCAUAUCCAAUGCGAGGCAGGUACUAGGCGCCGAGUGGGUGUACCUCGAGGGAGAUUCAUCUGUGGUGAUUGAUUGGAUCCGGAGGGCGGAUCGGUAUGGAGAUGGUCAUCCCCUUAUCCGGAAGACUCGCAGGAUGGCUCAGUUGAUAGACGACAAAGUAACGAAAUCAAGAAGUUGGAGAAUACCCCACCGCUCGCAUCCUGUUUUAUCAGAAACCAGCAGGAGGAGGGACCGGAUCGGUUUCUUGUUUUCUAUUUGUAUUGUGGGAGAAGGGCGCGGAUCGGCGGAGAUGAGGCAUCUUAUAGAGGUGGAGAAGGGGAGGGAGGCUGCCGACGGCCGGCCCUCCGUCGGACCGACCUACCGGAGCGCCUUUGCCAAGGACGGCUUUCCCCCGCCCGUCCCCGGCGUCGAGAGUUGCUGGGAUGUAUUCCGUAUGAGUGUGGAGAGAUGCCCCAACAACCGAAUGCUGGGCCGUCGUGAAAUUGUUGAUGGAAAGCCGGGUAAAUAUGUCUGGAUGACCUACAAAGAAGUAUAUGACGUCGUGAUGAAGCUAGGGGCUUCGAUACGGACUCUUGGGGUCGAGCAGGGUGGACGUUGUGGCAUCUAUGGUUCUAACUGUCCUGAAUGGGUCAUUAGUAUGGAGGCUUGCAAUGCUCAUGGGAUUUACUGUGUUCCCUUAUAUGAUACUCUUGGUGCUGGUGCAGUAGAAUUCAUUUUAUGUCAUUCAGAGGUUCAGAUUGCUUUUGCAGAAGAGAAAAAGAUUGGAGAGGUGUCAAAAACCCUUCCUAGCUCAUCUAAAUUCUUAAAAGCAAUUGUUAGUUUUGGCAAGGUCACCUCUGAGCAAAGAGAUGAGGUUGAAAAGUCUGGUUUGGCAAUAUAUUCAUGGGAUGAAUUUUUGCUCUUGGGAAGUAAUCAACAAUAUGAUCUUCCAUUGAAGAAGAAAACUGAUACAUGUACUAUAAUGUACACCAGUGGAACAACUGGUGACCCUAAAGGUGUGAUGAUUUCGAAUGAUAGCAUUAUCACUCUUAUUGCUGGUGUUGAUCAGCUGCUUUAUUGUGUGAAUGUGCAGUUGCAUGAAGGUGAUGUUUAUUUAUCUUAUCUACCCCUCGCUCAUAUCUUUGACCGUGUUAUUGAAGAGUUGUUCAUUUUUCAUGGGGCCUCAAUUGGAUUUUGGCGUGGGGAUGUCAAGUUGUUAGUUGAAGACAUUGGGGAAUUAAAGCCAACUAUCUUUUGUGCUGUUCCACGUGUGUUGGAUCGCAUCUAUACAGGACUGCAAUCAAAGAUUUCAUCAGGAGGUCUCCUGAAGAGUACAUUGUUUAAUAUUGCUUACAAAUACAAAUUUCGUAACAUGUCAAAAGGAAGUAAGCAUGAGGAUGCAGCUGCAAUUUUUGAUAAAUUAGUUUUUAAUAAGGUAAAAGGUGGGCUUGGCGGGAGAGUGCGGAUAAUUCUAUCUGGAGCAGCUCCUCUAGCAACCCAUGUGGAAGAAUUUUUACGGGUGGUGACGUGUUCCCAUGUUCUACAAGGCUACGGUCUUACAGAGACUUGUGCUGGAACAUUUGUCACUUUGCCGAAUAAUCUAUCAAUGCUUGGAACAGUAGGCCCUCCAGUACCAAAUGUUGAUGUGCGCCUGGAGUCUGUUCCUGAAAUGAACUAUGAUGCUCUUGCAGAAGUUCCUUGUGGAGAAAUCUGCGUGAGAGGAAAUACUUUAUUCUCAGGAUACUACAAAUGUGAAGAUCUUACAAAGGAGGUUAUGAUUGAUGGUUGGUUUCACACAGGGGAUAUUGGUGAGUGGCAGCCUGAUGGAAGUAUGAAAAUCAUUGAUCGAAAGAAAAACAUCUUUAAGCUUUCACAAGGAGAAUAUGUUGCAGUUGAAAAUCUGGAGAAUGUCUAUGGUCUGGUUCCUGAUUUAGAUUCGAUAUGGAUAUAUGGAAAUAGCUUUGAGUCUUUCCUUGUUGCCAUUGUAAAUCCCAAUAAGCAAGCCCUUGAGCAUUGGGCUGAAGAAAAUGGUGUAAGGGGGGAUUUUGCUGCAAUAUGUGAGAACCCCAAGGCAAAAGAAUACAUUUUGGGGGAGCUUACAAAGGUUGCAAAACAAAAGAAGCUGAAAGGUUUUGAGUUCAUAAAGGCAAUUCACCUUGAUCCUGAACCAUUUGAUAUGGAGCGUGAUCUCCUUACCCCAACAUACAAAAAGAAGAGGCCACAGCUGCGCAAGUAUUACCAGAGUGUCAUCGACAACCUAUACAAAAGCGCAAAGUAACUUUUUUUUCCCACGGAACUGAUGGAGUUGCAACUUAUGGAGUUAAACAGUUAUGAUAUAUUUUUCCCCUUUUUCUGCUUCUUGUAAUUGGACAAUCAUUUAGCACUGCUGCUUUAACAUCCAAUGUGCAUGCAUUCAGAUAACAUAGACUACAAGAUUCUUAAUAUUUAUUUUCAUUUGAGAGCACUUGUGAAUAGUGUGGUACAUGGGGCAAAAUAUGGAUCUUGUAAAAUGACCACCCCUGGGUCGGUCAUAGAGUACAAAAAUUUGGUAUUAUUCCUUUCAAAGUGCGUUCUCA